AAAGCCUAGACAAUGACUCUUGCUUGCGAUUGGCUUUGGAGGGGCCCUUCUUUGGUUGAGAUUGGCAGCCUGCAGAGAGGAGGCCAAAGGCAGAAGGGGAGCCCCUGCCAGGUGACUAGCAGGACAGCACUUGGUCCUUUCAUCUGGAAACUGUUUCCUGUUGCUGAUAAGCUUGAGUUCCCUCCUCCCUCACUCCCAUCCCCUUUAGGAAACUAUCCAAAGAACACCAUGUGUCUGCUUUGCCACCUUAGCAGGCACCUCCUCACCCUCCCAGCAAGAGAGCUGAGACAGGACCAGAGAUAGCUCAGGGACGGGGUGGAGUGGAGUGGAGGGUUGAAGCAAGCCCUUAGCAAGAGCUUCCAUUUGGAAAAGGCAGGACUUCUGAAUUUAACUGAGGCUCCUUUAAGUACUUCAACCCACACACCAUUUGGCUUGUUCUUCAAAGGAAGAGACUGGGGGGACAGACUCCUGGGGAUCUCCAAUUGAGUUUGACCAGGAUGCACCUUUAACCGUUCAGGUGAUUCUCGUUUUCUGACAUGUAUGUAGAAAGCUGAGUUGGAAGCUCAAGAGUUGGGUGGCUUCAAGCUCAGACUUCUAAGAGCCAUCAGGUAGAGCAAGAGGAACUUCUUGAUCACCAAGAAACUCAUAUCAACAACCUGCGUAGGAUAGGCAGUGAGUGAGGUCACAGAGAGAGGACUAAAUUUCACUUCCUUCUGUGAGACAGGUUACGCCAGUCGCAGGUUCAGCGCUGGCAGGGAUGGUAGGCUGUGGGGACAAGGAUUAGAGGUCAUGGAGACUAGUGAGUAGGCUGAGCUGAGGGGAGGCUGCAGCUACCCUACAGGCCAGCCUGUGGUGGGCAGACAGCUCUACUGUGUUAGCUGGGAGGGCAGCUGCGCUGACUAACUUGGGUCUUUAUCCCCUCUCCCAGGACACAGUCCUACCACAGGGCAGAGCCUGUUUGUUGUGUUGAGCAAGCAGGGGGUGGAGACUAGAGUAGAUGGGUGGAAAGGCGGGGCUUAGCAGGUUUGGAGGGAACCUGGCUGUCCUAGGAUUACUGGCUUUUGUUUUUGCUGCAGAGUUUGGAGCUCAGCUCAGACUGAAUUGAGAGCUUGGAGGUUACUCCUUAGGGUAGUGAUGAUGAUGAUGUGUGUGUGUGUGUUGUUAUAUUUGCAUAUAUAAGCCAGUCACCACCCUCUUCUGCCCUCCCACCUCCAGCCACUUGCAGAGGCUAGUCUUGUUUACAUUUUCCCAGGUACUCUGCCUGCUUCUAGCAGAUCCUACCCCUGCUAUGGCUCAUAAGCCUCAGAGUCUAGCUUUGUGACUGGCCUAGGCCUGGGUCAGAAGAGAUAGGGCGAGGAUGUCUGGGUCAGAGGAGGGGAGAUGGAGCCACCUCAGUGUGUGGAGGAGCUGGAGGAUGAUGUGUUCCAGCCAGAGGACGGGGAGCCAGGGACCCAGCCUGGGAGCGUGCUCUCUGCUGACCUGUUUGCCCAGAGCCAGCUGGACUGCCCCCUCAGCCGCCUUCAGCUCUUCCCUCUCACCCAUUGCUGUGGCCCCGGGCUUCGACCCACCAGCCAGGAAGACAAGGCCACCCAGACCCUCAGCCCAGCCUCCCCAAGCCAGGGUGUCAUGCUGCCUUGUGGGGUGACCGAGGAACCCCAACGACUCUUUUAUGGCAAUGCUGGCUACCGGCUUCCUCUCCCUGCCAGUUUUCCUGCAGGCUUGGCUCUUGGGGAACAGCCCCCUGAAGGGCAGUGGCAACAUCGAGCUGAGGUACAGAUUGCCCGAAAGCUUCAGUGCAUUGCAGAUCAGUUCCACCGGCUUCAUGUGCAGCAACUCACACCGACCCUUCACCAUCAUUCUCUAGCACCAGCAGAACCGAAAUCGCGCAUGGUGGCAGAUCCUCCUCUUCCUGCACAACCUUGCUUUGAAUGGAGAAGAGAACAGGAACGGGGCAGGUCCCAGGUGAGGCUGGCCUGCCCUCUUCACAUGAGGCCCCAGGAACACGAUGAUCUGGAACAGGAAGGACAUCAGGGAGGACUGACGCUGUGUCUUGUGAAGUUGUUUUUCAUUGUUGUUCUGUGUUUUCAUUUUUUAAGUUUCUCUCUGUGUGUACAUAUGACAUACCCAAGUGGGAUCUUCUGCCCCUGUUCAAGGACCUGACCAGGAAUGGGGGCCUUUGUCAAACACUGCUGAAGGAGAGGCUGAUAUGUCUAUGAUGGUGGGACUCCCCAGGGCUCGGACAAAUAGAUUCUUCAGCCAGCAGUUGUUGAAGCUGACCAGCUAGUGAUGUUCUUCGAGAGUGGACAGUAGUCUUUUAAUAGGAACUUGGUAGAGAAUUAAGAGAUUGGAUUAGACUCCCAGUUCCACCAGAUCUAUCAGCUUUCCACUGUGGAUGGGGGCGUGAUCCUGACUGGAGCACUGCUUUAGCCCCCAAGGCCUUGGCCAGCCAGCUCCACGCCUGGACUCCUGCCUGCCCAGCCAGUGCCUGGCCCCAGGGCUCAGGGAUUCUUGCCCAGUCCCUGUCACCUCCAGCAGACCUCAGGGAGGGUUGGGUUUCUCUAAGGACUCUUCAGAUAUGCCACAAAAUGAACCAAACUUCUGGGUAGGCCUCAAAUUUGACUGACUUUCGCUUGGAGGCUCCAGGAUUGGUCGUGAGUUGCAGAACCACUGCCACCUGUCGUGCCUGGGACCAGUCGGCUGCGUGUCAAUCAUGGAUGAGCCAAAUAACCAAUCAGUGUGCUGAAGCCACCAGCUCGUGCCUUUGUCAGCUCUUCUAAAGACCCAGCCAAAGACUGCAUCCCGUCCCCACCAGCAGCACUGCAAGGUCUAGAGGGGAAGGUUUGGAAAUGUGACAGCCAUCCCACUGAGAAGAGGCAGCCCUAGAGGACUCCAGACCCCUUGGUUUCCUUGGAAACAACAUACCUCCUCCCCCUUAGCCCCAUUCCUUUUUUCGUACCUGGUGGGAUACCGGAAGAAGCCAGGACAGUGGUUUUGUCAGCCGAAAAGUCACUUUGAGAAUAACAGACACGGAUUAGAGUGUGGAACUGUCAAAGCUGGGUACACAUUUCCUGUCUUCCUUCAGCUUCCAGCAGGCAGAGGGCACGCUCUGGAACUCAGCAGGAUCGCAGCCACCUCUGAACUACUUCCCUUCUGUCCCUGCUGUGGCACUAAUGGAGGGAAUUUAAGGCAGCUGGUCUAGCAGCUCUGAACGCAGACACAGGGAAUCUGUUAACCAGACACCUAGAAAUUAAAUGAUGAUUUUUGCAUAUAUAAGAAAAGACAACAUUGGUGCUAAAGGUGAAACAGUGGCUUUCCUGGGCAAAGAAGAGCCUGGGGCUACCAAGGAAAUGGGAGGAAGAGAUUAAAAUCUGAAGAAGUCCAAACUUGUCCAUUUCUGCAGAGAGGAGGUCUGCAGUUCUGUUGAAGGAGACAUUGAUCUUCUGGAUGUGCAGGCCGUUGGCUGCAGAAGGGCACCCGCAGAGGGAGCGCAUGGCGGCUCAAGUCCAGCCUGUGCUCCGCUCGCCCAGCUGUGUGCUCUGAUGCGGGGCUGCACCUGUCCAGAGGAAAGGGUGCCUUUCCUGGUUUGCACAAAGGUGCCACGUGGGCUCACGGUGUCCUCAAGGAAGAGGACUUCAAACUGUGUGCCUCCAUUUUCGUUUGGUUCUGCUUAGCUGUUCUGAAGAUAUUACCUCUUCUUGGCCAGAAUUUUAUUCUCAGGGUGUGUACCAUGGUUUGUCUGCUUAGAAGAUGGGGUCCUGCUUACAAGGAGGAGCAGGCGUGGAGGCUGGCUCUGUACACGCGGACCACUGUGAGAUCCCUGCGUGUCUUCAUACCGUUUAUGUUACAUGUAGGACAGAUACUGUUCUCCUCUCUGCUGGAUCAAGGCUGUGACUGGUGAACGCUGGUGUGUGCGUGAGAGGCGCACCCGGGAAAGCCGGGAUUAUUCAUACCAGCCAUUUCCAGCCCCUCUUGGCAGACUUUCCACCUGAGCUGAGUGAGGGAGAAAAUAGGCUAGACCUUUGUGUUGAGGCAAAGCCAUCAGCCUCAGAAACCUUGCCAGGCCCAGGCUGGAUGCCCUGUGGCCUGUUCCGAGAAGGGGGGGGGCAGAGUUUGACAAGCCCACCUGUGCAUCGAGCCUAGGGUUAGAUGGAAGGUUAUUUGAUUGCACCGUCUGCAUUUUAUACAAAGCCAGGAGCUAAGGAGACAGGGCAAACGUUAACCCUCUUCCAUCUCUCCCCUCCUUCCCCCCAACAAACCAACUGGGAAGUAACUGGUAGAGUAGCCCCAGGAGGGAGGGGGAGAGGGUCCUCCUGGCUGGCUGUUUUGAAUUGGCCUAAUGAUCUAGACUGGCCCCUUCCCCCUCUGCCUGAUGAGUUGGUCUAAACAUUCCUCAAGUCUAGCCUCCGGAGACAUGCCCCCCACCCCACCCCUUGGGCUCCCAGCCCCCACCCCAGGAGCCUGGCUGUCUCUGAUGAGGGGGUAGAGAAUCAGAUUUAGCAGGAGGGAGAGUCUGACCUGGGCCCUGACCUGUAACCAGCUGAAGACCAGGGGGGCUUUUGUGACUUGCUGAGAGUGGGGGUUGGGAGAGGGGCUGGAAACCUCCCCCCUCCUUGUAGAAAUGCCCUGGAGGAAGGGGAGCCUGAUUAUCAGGGCCUAAACAGCCCUUCUAAUUCUGAACGCCAGAGUAGGGGUUUCUAGAAGCCAGGAGACAAGGAUGGGGAGGGAAACCCCCAGGCCGAACUCUGAUUCCCUACCCUAUGAGAUAGGAGGAGCCAGCCUGGCCUGUCUGCCUCAGCCUGUUUUAAAAGUCCUGCCAAGGGAGAGCUGCCCGUGGUGGCC